AUGCACGUCAAGACUGUCUUCAGUCUGAUAGUGCCGGUUCUUGCCCUCUUGGACCGAGUGGCAGGUUUACCUUCCGGGCAAUACUCAGACUACGAAUCAGAAUAUUAUGGCAAUGCGUUAGCUUCCAACCACGCAGGCCUCACAACCCGUCAAAAUGCGAAGCCAGAGUUGAGAAUCAUGCCUUUGGGUGCAUCUAUCGUCAGUGGUGUUGGUUCAAGCACCGGAAAUGGCUUUCGCAAACCUCUUCGAGAUCAAUUGAGAUACAAGGGUUGGCUUGUCAACAUGGUAGGCAGCAAGCAAAAUGGAAACAUGAAAGACAGGGACUUCGAAGCUACCAGUGGCUUCACCAUCGACCAAGUCCGUGAUGCAGCACGCAACUCGUACGGAUACAAAGCCAACGUUGUUUUGAUGAAUGUGGGCACCAACGACGCGAACCAAAACAAGGUGGACGGAGCCGGCGAUCGAUUAGAAGGACUUCUCAACGAUCUUUGGAACUCUGAUGGCAUGUCCAAGACAUAUGUUGUUGUUUCUUCCGUGCUUCGUAGAAAUGAUGCCACAGCAGAGAAAAACCGAAAAGAGAUCAACGAGCAGUAUCAGAAGCUUGUCAAGCGCCUCAAAAGCGUGGGGAAACCAAUCACGUACAUCGACAUUGAUAUCCCGCUGAAUGAGCUGACAGAUGGCAUCCAUCCCAAUGAUACUGGACACAAGAAGAUGGCCAUCAAGUUCUGGUAUGCCAUUGAAUGGGGUUUCAAGGCUGGCCUCAUUGCUGAAGCUGCUCCAAUGACCAAGUCAACGGGUAACACGUGUGAUAAGCAACCUGGCCAAGCUCAGUACGGUGGUGUUACCCAAAAGGGCUCAGGCGACGAUGAUGGCAUCUACUACCACAACAGUCAGGAGAUGGGCACUGUCUGGUCGUAUACUUCCGAGUUCGAUCGCGACCAGUGGUUCUUCACCAGGCUUUAUGGUACCAAGUACGAUGAUAUUGUCGGUUGGUGGUACGCCAACGAGAAGCUUUCUUUCGCCACAUGGAAGAACAAUGGAGGCGGGAAAUUCUCCAAAGUGUCUGACCUGGACACCAAGCUCUUCUGCAAUGUUCGCGGCAUCUGGUGGGUUGACAUCAACAAUGAUGGAUAUGAUGAUUUCCUUUGUGUCUCCCCCAACGGAGAUACGUUGGCUUCCAUCAACAACCGAGACGGAACAGCAACUAGCCCACCUACGUUCAAGAACAUCGGAAUGAUCAAGGGCAACGUCGGCUACAAGCAGGAUCGUGUCAGAUGGGGCGAUAUCGACGGAGAUGGAAGAUCCGACUACAUGAUUAUUGAUGACAGUGGAAACGUCCAUGCAUGGAGAAACUCGGGUACCUCUGACACUCCCACCUGGCAACCUCUUGGCUUGAGAUUCACUGCCAAGGGCAUGGGAGACAUGCGUGGUGUUCGUUUCGAAGACAUCAAUGGUGAUGGACGCGAUGACUGGUUGUGGGUGGACGACAAAGGUGCCACAACCACUUGGACCAACUCCCGAAGCUGCAAAAAGGGAAAAGCAGGCGAUGGACUCAACGUCGCUUGGCGUCAAGGAUUCUGGAAAGGCGCCUCCUCCGGACCAACCCAUGCUGGUGUUGGUGCCAACGGUCGAGAUCGAAUUCACUUUGCCAGGAUCUAUGGCGAGGCUCCCUUUGGGCAUUUACCCAAGGCGGACUACGUCUAUCUCCAAUCAACCAAGCAAUCCGAUGGAAAGUUCAAGUUCGACAUGAAGGUCUGGAAGAACACUGGUGGUGGUUCCACCAAGCUCAAGGCCGAUGGCAACAAGUACUGCAACAUGUAUGGUCAUGACGAUGGACGUAUGGACUACGUUUGGACUCUGUCUACUGGAAAGAUGACUGUUUGGCCUAACUUGGGUAAGAAGUCGGUCAGCGGUAACAACGAUGUGUUCUGGGGUUCGCCUAAGGAGCUUUGGAAUCCUGGAAAGAACUACGAUCGUAGAGAUCUUCACCUGGUUGACUGGAACAACGACGGUGCAUGCGACAUUGCCUGGGUCGACCCUGACAACAACAACAAGGUCUCUGUCUGGCUCAACAACUACAAGAAGACCGGAGCUUUCGAGUGGACCUACCUCGCCGACCCAGCACCGCAGCUGAACUGUCCCGAAAAGAGAGGCGUUGGUAUUCACGACCUUGCUGUCCGCUUUGCCGAUUUUUCCAACAACAAGAUGUCAGACUACAUCUGCAUCCAACCUGACGGACGAUUCUACGGUUGGACUCACAACAGCGAUGGCUCUUGGGAGAAGAUCGCACAGUUCAAGAAGGCCGAGGGUAUUGAUCGCGCCAACCUUCGCUUUGGAAACGUCAACGGACGCGGUGGCGAGGACAUGAUCUGGGUCGAUAAGUACACAGGCGACGCUACUGUCUACAUCAACAACGGCAAGAUGGACACUGGUGGUAGCAACUGGUGGUUUUUGAAGAGUGGUAAGCAGUACGCUGGCUCCUGGGCCGGUACAUGCCAAUACUUCCCUGACCUCGAUGGAGAUGGCAGAGCAGACCUACACUCCAUCAUGGCUACAUUUGACAACCGCGGAGAGACAUUCUUCAACCGUUGCGGCAUGACGGACAACACAGGUGACGACGGAGGUUGGGCUCCGGGUCAAGACCCCGGUUUCGGUGACCUGCCAUCCCCCAGCGGUAAUGAGAACCCUGGAAGCGGAGGCGGUGUUCCAUCUUUGCCGUCUACUUGUGACAAUGUCUGCUGGAGUGUCCUCCAGAACAAGAAGGUUAAGUGUGCCGACAAUGGCAUCAACUGGGACUUGGAGCCUAGAGAUGAUAACAUUGCAGAUGACUAUUUGAACAUUCGAAAGCUUGCUGCUAUUGGAGAUUCUUACUCGGCUGGUAUCGGUGCUGGAGACAGGUUGGGAAGCUUCUACGAUGCGUUGAAGUCAGGAAGUGACUUUGCCUGUGCCCGUUACGAUCACGCCUACCCGUAUCUUCUCAACCAAGAUGAGCGACUUGGAGAUCCAUCCAAGCGCAACUUCCAGUUCCUUUCAUGCUCUGGUGCUGUCAUGAAGGAUGUGGUAGACAAACAGAUUCCCAACAUGGACAGCAACCAAGACGCUAUUACUCUUUCCAUCGGUGGCAACGACGUCGGUUUGAUAAGUCUGCUAAACUCUUGUAUUUUCCAAAUGGGUGUUUUCACUGCACAGCAAGCUGCUGCUGCAAAGGUGAUUGCAGAGGUAGACAAGGACUACGCAUGGGCCAAGGACUUUGACUGGGACAGUCUCUCCCGAGGAUGCGAGGGUCAGAUUGAGCAUAGUAAGGCACUGGCUACUGGUGAUGCCUUUGGUAAGAGCCUUGAUGCAGUGUUGACAGCUGCCAAGAAGAAGCUUAACAAUGGGGCCAAGAUAUAUGUCACAGGGUAUGCCAGGUUCUUUGCUGAGAGUAUGACAUCGGACUGCGACAAAGUCACCUGGACAACAUGGAUUUACAAGUUGGCCAACCUUGGACAACCGGCUGAGUACUUGACGAGAUCUCGCCGUACGUCGAUGAACUUAUUGGUCGAUGCGGUCAAUGAACAACUUGAAGCAGCAGUUAGAAGAGCAGGAGACUCUGUCAGGUUCAUCCACUACGACCCCUUUGUCGGCAAGUACGGCGGCAGGUACUGCGAGUCAGGCGUCGACGAGUCGACAAGCGAAUCCAAUACUAGAAAGGGACUCAUGUUCUACGAACUCAACUCUUGGGAUCCUGCAGGAACCACACCAUGGAAACGCGACUCGGCCGAAGGCGAGCUUAGCGGGACUUUUUACGGUGACAUGCUCAUCCUUGCCAAGAUCACGCGUCUCAUGGAUCCUAAUGCCGAGCUUCACCACGACAACGAUAACAAGAGCAAGAGGAGUCUGGCUACUCGUGCUGAUAUUGUUGAUUACCUGGUCCCCAAUGGUUACGCACGAGUUUUUCAUCCUCAGAUUCCACUUCACGAUAUGAUUGCCAGCUUGGUCGCGUAUGAAAUCAUGCUGAACCAUCAGGUUCGUAAAGGAUAUGCUACAUGGACAUCUCCCAGUGAGCCAAACUAUUGCGAACCUGAACCGGAGAAGCCACCAACAGACACACCUGCCAAGCCAAAGAAAUGGUCCAUGCAAAUCCAUCCACUGUACCCAGGAUCCGAAAGUGUCUACACGAAAGACUGCGAAAGAAAAGAUUCCAGACGUUCCAGGACGGUCUGGGGGUACGAGUUGAACAAAUGUUACGACUUUAGGGAAAUGCCUGAUACAGAUUGCCGAGAGUACAUUGGAACAAAGGAACAAGGAGGAUGCUUCGGAGGUUUAUCCUCCCCGCAUAGUAUCCUUGUUCCGGACGAGGGAUACAACUGUGUCUUUUACUUUGGUGAUGAUUGCAAGCGUCCGUUUGAUCGUACGUCGGAUCAUACUUGCAUGUCGACGAAUACGGGCGAUGGUACCUGGGUGUCUAACCAGAUUGGGUCUUUUAGAUGUUUGGAAGAAACGAAAAAGUGA